AUAUAUGUAUAUAUAAACCUCAGAUGAUACAGGCUCAAUGUCAGUUGAUCAUUCAACUCGUGCAGAUCGUUUAUUGAGAGCAACUUUUGAUUAAAUAAAAUAUUUAAAUACAUUAUACUAAAUGAAAAUGGUGUUUUAUAAAUUAAAUUUGAAUUUGGUUAUCGCAUUAAUGUUGGCUGGGUUACUAACAAUCGAAGCCCGCCCACAACAAAAUGACUACGAAGACUUGUACCCAGUUGACGGAUUUUCAUUCGAUGGACCAGCGGAUCGUACGAAUCCAAAUUUCAAUGACAUAAAUAAUGUGCGUCCACCACGACCAGUGACGUCAACAAAUUCACCAUCGUCUGUAUCAACGACAAUGUCUCCUGCUAUGACCACGUGCACGCAAAACUGUCUUGCAACAUCGGAAUUCAAUCCAGUUUGCGGCAAUGAUGGUGUUGUUUACAGUAAUCCCGGACGACUUGGAUGUGCACGAAGAUGUGGUAAAGACGUAUCGUUGUCUUACUAUGGGCCUUGUACUACAAGUUCUGCUCGAGGUUAAGACAUUUAAAAUUUACAAAUAAUUAGGUUAAUUAGUUUUAAGAAUCAACAGGCUUUAUUAUAAUUAUUUUUAACACUUACUGUAAAUAAAUAUAAGGAAUUUUGUUAUAUUUAUUAUUUUUAAUAAUAAAGAUCGCUAUGGAC